AUGGUAAUUACACAAACAACAACUCAAUCAACUAAAACUACAACAACAACCACUACAACAAAUUUACCAAUUCAACAAUUUAAAAAACAAAAACUAAAUAAUAAUAAUAAUUUUAAUGAAAAUAAGAAAAUAUUUCCAGAUUAUUUGGAUUUUGAAAUUAUAAAAUCAAUAAUUAAUUAUUUAUUAAUUUUUGAUAAAAAAAGAACAAAUAAUUUUAAAGAUAAUUUUGGAUAUACAAUUAAAAAUUUAUAUUAUUUUAUUGAUGAAAUUAUUGAAAUAUCAUUAGUAUCAAAGAAAUGGUUUAAUAAUAUUUCAAAUUUAAUUUCAAAUAAUAUUAAACAACAACAACAACAACCAAUUCAAUCAAUUUCUGAUGAAAAAUUAAAAUAUUUUUAUUUUUCAAAUAAAACUGGAAAAAAAAAUUUUAAAUUAAAAAUAAAUGGAAAAUUUUCAAUUUUAAAUAUUAAUUUAGAAAAUCAACAACAACAACUACAACUACAACAUGAAAAUAAAAAUGAAAAUAAUUUAUUUAAAAUUAUAAAUGAUAAUGAAGAAAAUCGUAUACCAGAUGAUUAUUAUUUAAAAGAUAUUGAAAUUAAUAAAUUAACAAUGGUUGGUACAAGUGAAAAUAAUCCAAAUGCAUUUGAAGAUAUUAUUGAAAAAAUUAAACCACUUUCAAUUAAAUAUAAUCCAAAUGGUAAUGAUUAUCAAGAUGCAUAUUGUCAUAUGAAUUAUUCACCAUUUUUUAAUGAAAUAAUUAAUCCAAGAAUUGAAUCGAUUCAAAUUGAUAGAACUGACCAUGUUGAACCAUAUCAUAUGGUAAAUAUAAAUAAAUUAUCAAAUCUUCAUACAUUAUCAUGUUCAAUUUUAUUUCAUGAUAUGAUCAGAGCUGAAAGUGGAAAUUAUUCAAGUAUCAAUGAUAAUGGUUGUAAUCAUUUCGGUGGUUUAAAUGAAUCUACAAUUAAAACAAUUAAAAACCAUUGGGAAACAAUGAUAAAUUCAAUAAAUACUUGCAAACAGUUAAAAAAUAUGACGAUAAAGAAUUUCUGUUUCCGUGGUCCACAUUGCAUGUAUGAUGGUAUUGAUAAAAAUAAUACAUCCUCUAUUCGAGAAUCAAUGAUUCAACUAUCCUAUGGUAUUAAAUCACUUUUUGACGGUCCACCACCGCAAUUACAUUAUUUAAAAUUUACAAAUAUUGAUUUCACUGAAUUCACAUCAACAUAUUCAAAUUUAAUUAGAAAUAAAACAAUUAAAGCUUUAAUUUUCAAAACUAAAGGUAGAAAUUUAGAUAGCUUAAUAGAUGAUUCAAUAAUUUCACCAUUACUUGAUCAAUUUACUGAUUAUUUCUUUUCAACUGUUUUCUCAAUCAAUUCAACUAUUAAACAUUUCAAAUUCACUGUAUUAGGUUUUGUCUCUUCAAUAUUUAAUCCAUUAUUAAAAAAUCAUAAUAAUUUAAGUUUAUAUUCAAUUGAAUUAGAAAUUAAUGAAUGUCAAUUUGAUGAUUCUUUAAAAUAUAUUAAAAAAUUAGAACAACUUUCAAAAAAUUCUCACUCAACUUUAAAAGAAUUUACUUUAACUUUAGAUGAAAAAUAUUAUAAUAGAAAAUUAAUUUUUAAAAAAAAAAUUUUAAAUUAUUUUAAUAAUUUUAAAGAUGGUAAUUUUAGUAAUGGUGAUAAAAGUAUUAUAAUUUAUUUACGAUUUGAUAAAUAA